GCGGGGGCGGUGCCCGGGUUCGAGUCCCGAGUCCGUCUGAUUCGUUCGGCGCCGCUCCUCGCCCGCUCCGUCUGGCCCCCCCGGCCGCGGAGAUGGGCGACAUGGAGUCCUACAAAGUGAUGCUGAAUGGGCCGGCACCCUGGGGCUUCAGGCUGCAGGGAGGGAAGGAUUUCAGCAUGCCACUCUCCAUCUCCAGGCUGACUCCAGGUGGGAAGGCGGCUCAGGCUGGUGUGGGAGUGGGCGACUGGGUGCUAUACAUCGACGGGGAGAGCACCAGUGCCAUGACACACAUUGAGGCCAGAACAGGAUCCGUGCGUGCGGGGGACAGGCUCUGCCUCACCCUGAGCAGAGCCCAGAACCAGCUGGGGAAGCCGCAGAAGGUGCUGAGCCUUGACAAGCAGCCCCCUCAGCUGCUGGAGCCCCCCAGCAGCCCCGUGUGCGACCCUGUGAAGUUGCGGAUGUUAGAGGACAUUGACGACUCGCAGCCCCACAGCUGGACCUCCCAGUCCCGCUCCUUCCGCAAACUGGCCCGGCUGGUGGGCGCAGAGAGCAUGGAGGAUGGUGAGGAUGAGCUUGUUAAAAAGCCCAGGGAUGCCCAUGGGUCUGGCUGGGGCACAGUGGAGCAGUGGCAGCCCCCUCAGCCGCUGGAGCCCCCCAGAAGCCCCGGGUGUGAUCCUGGGAAGCUGCGGAUGUUAGAGGACGCUGAGGACUGGCAGCCCCGCACCGGGACCUCCCAGUCCCGCUCCUUCCGCAAACUGGCCCAGCUGACGGGCACAGAUGGCAUGGAGGAUGGUGAGGAUGAGCUUGUUAAAAAGCCCAGGCAGCCCCCUCAGCUGCUGGAGCCCCCCAGCAGCCCCGUGUGCGACCCUGUGAAGUUGCGGAUGUUGCAGGACAUUGAUGACUCGCAGCCCCACACUUGGACCUCCCAGUCCCGCUCCUUCCGCAAACUGGCCCGGCUGGUGGGCGCAGACAGCAUGGAGGAUGGUGAGGAUGAGCUUGAUAAAAAGCCCAGGGAUGCCCAUGGGUCCAGCUGGGGUAUGGUGGAGCAGCGGCAGCCCCCGCAGCCGCUGGAGCCCCCCAGAAGCCCCGGGUGUGAUCCUGGGAAGCUGCGGAUGUUAGAGGACGCUGAGGACUGGCAGCCCCGCACCGGGACCUCCCAGUCCCGCUCCUUCCGCAAACUGGCCCAGCUGACGGGCACAGAUGGCAUGGAGGAUGGUGAGGAUGAGCUUGUUAAAAAGCCCAGGGAUGCCCGUGGGUCCAGCUGGGGUAUGGUGGAGCAGCGGCAGCCCCCGCAGCCGCUGGAGCCCCCCAGCACCCCUGGGUGCAACCCUGGGAAGCUGCGGAUGUUAGAGGACGCUGAGGACUGGCAGCCCCGCACCGGGACCUCCCAGUCCCGCUCCUUCCGCAAACUGGCCCAGCUGACGGGCACAGAUGGCAUGGAGGAUCAUGAUGAGAUGUUUGUUAGGAAGCCCAGCCAGGUCUCCGUGUCGGACCCAUCUCCAGGAGCAGCGAUGAAGACUGAGCCAGGACUGGCCCCCAGGACCCCCACUGCCACCCCGGGCCCCACCAGCCGCCCACCGUGGGCUGUGGACCCGUCGUUCGCCGAGCGCUACGCCCCGGACAAGACGAGCACGGUGGUGAGCAAGCACAGCCAGCCGGCCACGCCGACCCCCAUGCAGAACCGCAGCUCCAUCGUGCAGGCGGCCCAGCAGGCCCCCGAGGGGCCUGGCUGCACCCCCCUCUGCUACAAGUGCAACAAGGUCAUCAGGGGACGGUACCUGGUGGCACUGGGACAUUAUUACCAUCCCGAGGAGUUCAUCUGCUGCCAGUGCAGGAAGGUGCUGGAUGAGGGCGGCUUCUUUGAGGAGAAAGGUUCCAUCUUCUGCCCCAAGUGCUACGAUUCACGCUACGCGCCCAGCUGUGCCAAGUGCAAGAAGAAGAUCACCGGAGAGGUCAUGCAUGCUCUGAAGAUGACCUGGCACGUGCAGUGCUUCACUUGCAAUGCCUGCAAAACUCCCAUCCGCAACCGAGCCUUCUACAUGGAGGAGGGACAGCCCUACUGUGAGAGAGACUACGAGAAGAUGUUUGGCACCAAGUGCCGUGGCUGUGACUUCAAGAUUGAUGCUGGGGACCGGUUUCUGGAGGCCCUUGGGUUCAGCUGGCACGACACUUGCUUCGUCUGUGCGAUCUGCCAGACCAACCUGGAAGGGAAGACAUUCUACUCCAAGAAGGACAAGCCGCUCUGCAAGAGCCAUGCUUUCUCCCAUGUGUGAGGGGUGGAAGUUCAGCUGUGCCCACGCAUGCCCCUGGCCCUGCAUGCUCCUCUCCCCCCAUCCUGAUGCCUCCAGGGAGCCAGGCUGGGCCCUUGGCCCUUCUCCUUGCUCCUGCCUUUUUCCUGGCAGCUCCUGGCCUGAAUUCAGCUGGAGACAGUGCUGGGUGCAGAGCCCUUAUAGCUGGGUGACUUCUUCUGUGCUUCCUGACUGGCCCUAGGAGCCCUGGGAAGGGAAUGCUGCAUGGAUUUCCUGCCCCUGAACCACGCAGCAUAGUGGGCACAGCCAUGCUGAGGCUGGAAUCGGGGAUGCUGUGGCUCAACCAGGCUGCUCCCUUGCUGCCUGGCAGCUCAGUGCUGGGGCAGGGAUGUUCCUAACACAUCCCUGAAUGGGUGAGGACCAACCCCCUGCCACACUCUUCCUCACCUUCCCUGCUGUGUGUUUAGUGCAUGGGGCUGGAGACCCAGCCCUGCUCCCCUACCCACAGCAGCCCCCCAAUCACCCCACAAACUGCUGCAGUGGCUUCCUGCCCUGGCUGCAUUCCAAGGGGAGUCCAUGCCUUGCAACCCCACUGCUCCCCUGAGGCUGGCAGCACCCCCACCCUGGUGUGCCCCAGCCCUGGGCUGGCAGCUUGUGUUGAUGGCCAGCUGGCUGUCUGCUCCUGCAAGGCUUGGGCACGGCUUCCUACCAAAGAGUGCUCUGUCACCACCGUCCUGGGCCCAUCGAUGCCUCCCCCCAACCCACACCCUCUGGUCGGGCUGCACUGAUGUAGCCACGGUGCUUUUAAUGCCUUUAAUAAACACAUCUCUGCGAGUGCC